AUGGGGGUGAGGAGGUUAGUGCGGGUGAUGGGGGUGAGGAGGUUAGUGCGGGUGAUGGGGGUGAGGAGGUUAGUGUGGGUGAUGGGGGUGAGGAGGUUAGUGCGGGUGAUGGGGGUGAGGAGGUUAGUGCGGGUGAUGGGAGUGAGGAGACCUGACGGGAUCGGGACCGUGACGGUGGAGGAGAGGGACCGCUUCGAGGAGAUCAAAGAACGCCUCAGAGUCCUCCUGGAGAAUCAGAUCACACACUUCAGAUAUUGCUUUCCCUUUGGACGGCCGGAGGGAGCGCUGAAGGCCACUCUGUCUCUGCUGGAACGGGUAUUAAUGAAGGACAUAGUGACACCCGUUCCCCAGGAGGAGGUGAAGGACGUCAUCAGGAGGUGUCUGGAACAGGCUGCUCUCGUCAACUACCAGCGGCUCUCAGAAUACGCCAAACUGGAAGAGAAUGUAGGACGGUUAGUCACUCCUGCCAAAAAACUGGAGGACAACAUUCGUCUGUCGGAGCUGGUGAUCGAGGUGCUGCAGCAGAACGAAGAGCAUCACGCUGAGGCCUUUGCGUGGUGGUCGGACCUGAUGGUGGAGCAUGCGGAGACCUUCCUGUGCCUCUACGCCGUGGACAUGGACGCUGCUCUGGAGGUGCAGCCCCCCGACUCCUGGGACAGUUUCCCUCUCUUCCAGCUGCUCAACGACUUCCUCAGAGUUGACUAUAACCUGUGCAAUGGGAAGUUCCACAAACACCUGCAGGACAUGUACGCGCCGCUGGUGGUGCGCUACGUAGACCUCAUGGAGUCGUCCAUCGCUCAGUCUAUUUACCGGGGCUUUGAGCGGGAGUCCUGGGAGCCAGUCAAGUACGUGCCCACUCUCUGA